AGCCAUUUUGGCUCAAGCCAUUCUAGCUCACGCGAUUUUGGCUCAAGUGCGCCUGUCUUUGCUUUGCUAGAAGCGAGAAAGACUACAGUCUGCAGCCGAUGGCGCUCCUCAUCGCCGCGGCCUCGUUGUUGGCACUCGCGCACGCGUCGGGCGCGCAAGCUUCCUGCGCUGUAGGGCAGCAGUGCGCUGCGGGAGAGCAGGACGACAUGGGCAUGCUCCAGAAGAGCUCGCAGAUGAUGCAGGUGAAUCGGCAUGAGCAAAUGAGCGUGAGGACGGCGCCCACGAACGACGCCGAGUGCAAGGCCGUGGAGGGUAUCAACAAGGACCUGCCCAUCGUCUACGACUCCAGCUGCCCCGGCCUGUGCUGCUUCGAGGACCAGCCGUCUGCCCCGGCCUGUGCUGCUUCGAGGACCAGCCGUGCAGGUACAACAACACGGGCUGCUACUCCGCAGCCUUGGCGCAGCAGAAGGUGAGGACGCCCACGAACGACGCCGAGUGCAAGGCCGUGGAGGGUAUCAACAAGGACCUGCCCAUCGUCUACGACUCCAGCUGCCCCGGCCUGUGCUGCUUCGAGGACCAGCCGUGCAGGUACAACAACACGGGCUGCUACUCCGCAGCCCUGGCGCAGCAGAAGGUGAGGACGACGCCCACGAACGACGCCGAGUGCAAGGCCGUGAAGGGCAUCAACACGGGCCUGCCCAUCGUCUACGACUCCAGCUGCCCCGGCCUGUGCUGCUUCGAGGACCAGCCGUGCAGGUACAACAACACGGGCUGCUACUCCGCAGCGUUGGCGCAGCAAAAGAUGAGGACGACUCCCACGAACGACGCCGAGUGCAAGGCCGUGCCGGGCAUCAACACGGGCUUGCCCAUCGUCUACGAUUCCAGUUGCCCUGGCUUGUGCUGCUUCGAGGACCAGCCGUGCAGGUACAACAACACGGGCUGCUACUCCGCAGCCUUGGCGCAGCAGGAGGUCAGGACGACGCCCACGAACGACGCCGAGUGCAAGGCCGUGAAGGGCAUCAACACGGGCCUGCCCAUCGUCUACGACUCCAGCUGCCCCGGCCUGUGCUGUUUCGAGGACCAGCCGUGCAGGUACAACAACACGGGCUGCUACUCCGCAGCCUUGGCGCAGCAGAACGUGAGGACGACGCCCACGAACGACGCCGAGUGCAAGGCCGUGAAGGAUAUCAACACGGGCCUGCCCAUCGUCUACGACUCCAGUUGCCCCGGCCUGUGCUGCUUCGAGGACCAGCCGUGCAGGUACAACAACACGGGCUGCUAUUCCGCAGCCUUGGCGCAGCACAAGGGUGAGGACGACGCCCACGAACGACGCCGAGUGCAAGGCCGUGAAGGGCAUCAACACGGGCCUGCCCAUCGUCUACGACUCCAGCUGCCCCGGCCUGUGCUGCUUCGAGGACCAGCCGUGCAGGUACAACAACACGGGCUGCUACUCCGCGCCUUGGCGCAGCAGAAGGUGAGGACGACGCCCACGAACGACGCCGAGUGCAAGGCCGUGAAGGGCAUCAACACGGGCCUGCCCAUCGUCUACGACUCCAGCUGCCCCGGCCUGUGCUGGGCGGCCAAGAUUUGCUGCCGCACUAGAAGCUAUAAUGAGUAAGUGAGUGCAUGUGAGUGAGUGAGUGCAUUGUGCGUUGUGCCAGCUCCGGCAGUGUCGACUUUGUGUUCUGCGAUUUCAGCUUCGUGUAAGCAUGCUGACUGCGCCCAAUGGCCACGGUGAAGCAGUAUGUGUACUUAAUGCUUCUCCUGCGUUCCGACUCCUGGACCUGAGUGUCUGGGGGCACUUGGGCGGAGCGGCCGCUUCGUGCUGUGGCCGUCUUUGCCCACGUGUGGUCUUGUCACAGGAGGGACUGGUCAGAGCGAGGCCUGUGCAGAUUGAUCAAAAAACAUCUGUCCACGGCGCAGCAGUAUUUGUACUUGAUGUUUCUCCUGCGUUCCGACUCCUGGACCUGAAUGUCUGGGUGCACUUGGGCGGAGCGGCCGCUUCGUGUUGUGACCGUCUUUCCCCACGUGUGGUCUUGUCACAAGAGGGACUGGUCAGAUCAAUGCAUCUGCAGAUUGGUCAACAGAUGACCCUGUCGCGACCCAAGUCGAGGGGUAUCUUAUCGGAGGCGUACAUGCGCAACGCGACACAACGGGGUGACACCCAAUGAGGUGACAUACAUUGUCCAUCAUGUUAAAGCAAAGUACUGCGAAGCGUAACACCGCUUAACGUGUCAUGACAUCUCAGUAGUGUGUAGCAUUGGAUCGCAAUGCAUGGCGUAUCGUAGCAUACGUUGCUCCGC